AUGAUAAUAAAAAGAAAAAGAUAUUAUAAAGAUGAAUUUAUAAGUCAAAAUAAAAAAAAAAAGUGGAAAUUAGAUAAUAAUUCUAAAGGUAUUUUAAUGUCAAUAAGUGCAGAUUCUCGAGCAACUACAGCUUUUAAAGAUAUAGUAGCUAUAUUCAAUGAUAUUAGCCCUAUUGAAGAUAUUUCAAUAGUUAAUAAUAAAUAUGAUGUAAAUGAUAAUUUACAAUCUGAAAUCUCACAAUUACGUAGUAAUAUUGAAAGAUUUUCUUUAAUAGGAAAUAUUUCUCGAUGCUUGAUAUUGAUAAAAUUUGAUAGAACCGAGGAUUUACCAUCUGAAAUAGUUGCAAAAGUUAUGAAUAAAGCAUAUAAUGAAUAUAUUAAUAAUAAUAAAUCUUCAUAUUCUAAUAUAUUGUCAUCAAGAUUUAUUAGUAGAUUAAUACCAUUAGAUUAUAUAUGUAUACCAUCAUCAAAUGAAUUAAAGAAUAUUUUAAAAUUUGCAAUUAUAAAGAAUUUCCCUUACUGUUUUAUAUCAGGUAAGGGUAAUGAUAUUGAUUAUUUGAAUAAAAAUGAAAAUCAAGAAUACAAAAUUUCAUGGUGUUGUUGUUAUAGUUCUAGACAUAAUAAAAUAUCUCUUAAACGACAAGUUGUAUAUGAUAUAUGUUCUGAGUUAAUAUGGGGUAUAGAAUCUAAUAUAUAUGAUAAAUUAAAGAAGAUAUAUCCAGUAAACCUUGAAAAUCCUACAAAAACUAUUUUAGUAGAAGUAACAGAUAAAUUUUGUGGUAUUUCUAUUGUGAAUGAAUAUCAUAAACAUUUUAAAUAUAAUUUACAUCAAAUUAUGAAUAUAAAAUAUUUGAAUAAUGAUUAA